GCGCUCGACCCCGUCGUCCCUCCGCAGGCGCGCGCCAACGUCAUGGGCAUCGACUUCGGGACGGAGUUCAUGAAGGUGGCGCUGGUGCAGCCCGGCGCGCCCCUGGAGAUCGUGACGAACCACGUGUCGAAGCGGAAGACGGAGACGUCCGUGGCCUUCGUGCGCGGCGAGCGGCUCUUCGGCUCGGACGCGUACGGCAUGCUGAGCCGCAAGCCCGAGCAGGCGUACGCGCGGCUCACGGAGUUCCUCGGGCGCAGCGACUCGCACCCGGCGGUGACGACGCUGCUGCGCAAGUCCUACCUGCCGACGACGGUGCGCUUCAACGCGACGCGCGGCGCGCUCGCGCUCGGCGCGCCGGCGUCGACGACGCAGGAGUACGGCGGCACGUGGACGGAGUGGACGCCCGAGGAGCUCGUGGCCAUGAUCUUGAGCUACGCCAAGGACAUCACGCGGGCCUACGGCGGCAACGUCGUGCGCGACUGCGUCAUCACGGUGCCGACGUUCGCGACGCAGCUCGAGCGCGAGGCGCUGCUCGUCGCCGCGGAGCUCGCGGACAUGCGCGUGCUGAGCCUCAUCGAGGCGAACACGGCGGCGGCGCUCCAGUUCGGGUUGGACCGCAAGUACGAGGAGACGAAGGUCAUCCUCUUCUACAACGCGGGCUCCGAGUCCGUGCAGGCGUCGCUCGUCGAGUACUCGACGUUCCCGGACAAGGGCGGCGGCAAGAACAAGACCGUGGGCCAGUUCGAGGUCAAGGGCAAGGGCUGGAAGAAGGGCGCCGGCGGCUUCGCGAUUGAUUUGGCGCUCACGGAGCUCCUGGCCGACGGCUUCAACAAGAAGUGGAACGCGAAGAAGCAGAAGGGCGACGUCCGGACGAUCCCCCGCGCCAUGGCCAAGAUCCGCGCGGCGGCGAAGAAGACCAAGGAGGUGCUGAGCGCCAACGAGAAGAUCCCCGUGGGCAUCCCGUCGCUCCACGACGACAUCGACUUCUCCAUGACGCUCACGCGGCCCGAACUCGAGAAGGCGGCCGCGGAGGUCCUCGACGUCGCGACGCAGCCCAUCGUCGACGCGCUGAACGCGGCGAACAUGACCGUCGACGACAUCGACGGCGUCGAGAUCAUCGGCGGCGGCGUGCGCGUGCCCCGGGUCCAGGCCGUGCUCAAGGAGUUCCUCGCGGAGCGGCGGACGAACAAGAGCGACGUGCCCGAGCUCUCCGUGCACCUCAACGGCGACGAGGCCGUGGCGUUAGGCGCCGCCUUCCACGGCGCCAACGUCAGCACGUCCUUCCGCGUGCGCAAGGUCGGCAUGAUGGACUACACGCCCUUCCCCGGCGGCACGAAGGAGCACGAGGUCGACGCCGACUGGCACAAGCGCGCGACGCUCUUCAAGCAGGGCGCGCGCCUCGGCGCGAAGCCGCGGACCAUCGCGUUCCACCACGAGGCCGACAUCGUCUGCGAGCUCGCGUACGACGACGACGCGGAGCUGCCCGAGGGCACGCAGAAGACCAUCGCGCUCUACAACAUCUCGGGCAUCGCCGCCUUCGCCGCCGAGAUGGCCAAGCAGAACGCGAGCGGCGCGCUCCCGCGGCCCAAGGUCCAGCUGAGCUUCACGCUCGACAGCUCCGGGGUGUCGUCGCUGUCCAAGGCCGAGGUCUCCGUCGUCGAGGAGUACGAGGAGGCGGCGCCCGCGGCGGAGGAGGCGUCCGCGGCGGAGGAGGCGGCGCCCGCGGAGGAGGCGGCGCCCGCGUCCGAGGAGGCGGCGCCCGCGGAGGAGCGCAAGCUCGAGGAGGGCGACGAGGCCGCGGCGGCGAACGGGACGAACGCGACGACGCCGGGCAAGAUCCUCAAGAAGAAGACGCACAAGCGCGCGCUGACCGUGACGCCGUCCGUCGCGGGCCUGAGCCUCUGGGCCCAGAAGAAGAGCGACGUCGCGGACGCCGCGGACCGGCUGAAGCACAUCGCGUCCGCCGAGGCGGUCCGCAUGGAGCGCGAGGGCGCGAAGAACGACCUCGAGGCGGCCAUCUACACGGUGCGCAACCAGAUGUCCGACAAGGAGGACGCCGUGGCGCCCGUGUCCACGGAGGCGCAGCGCGAGGCCAUCUCGGCCAUGUCGACGGAGCUCGAGGACUGGCUCUACGAGUCCGACGGCGAGCCCGCGUCCACCUUCGUCGAGAAGCGCGGCGCUUUGGAGGGCCUCUGGGCCGCCGUCGUGUCCCGCGCCGAGGAGGCCGAGGCGCGGCCCAAGGCCGUGGCCAAGUUCCAGUCCGCGCUCGACGCGGCCAAGCUCAACGCGACGGAGGUCUGGGCGACGGAGAAGCCGUGGCUCCAGCAGCUCGACCUCGACGACCUCGUCGCCAAGGUCGACAAGGCCCAGGCCUGGCUCGACGACUCCGUCGCGGCCCAGGCGAAGCUCGAGGCCCACGACGACCCGGCCUUCAAGGUCUCGGACCUCGGGCUCAAGCUCAAGCCCGUCGCGACGCUCGCGACGCGCCUCGCGCUCAAGAAGAAGCCCAUCGAGGCCAAGGUCGUCGACAAGAACGCCACGGACGCCAACGCCACGGACGCCAACGCCACGGACGCCAACGCCACGGACGCGGCCGACGAGCCCGCCGCGGAGCCGGAGAAGACCGCGGAGGAGCAAGAGGCGGAGGCGAAGCUCGAGGAGGAGAUGAAGUCCGAGCUCUAGGGCGGGCCGCUCGCCGCCCCCCGUAAACCGAAGCACGC